AUGAAGCAGCAAGAAGCAUGCUUGUGUAGCCUUGUCAACAAUGGAAGCUGGAGUGGAGUCGACGUCGACGUCACUAGUGGCAGGAAGAGCAACGAUGACAAAACUAUCAAUGGGGAUAACAAUGAAUGUGAUAUCGUAGUGGUCAGGGAGGAAUGUAGCGACGACAAGGCUUCGGCGACCUUCGGUUCUCGCGGUGACCUCGGCGGUUUUUCCCGUCCAGCCACCGCCAUCAAGCAGUGGCGCUGCCUUCCACGCAUCCAAUGCCACACGACCGAGCAAUCUCAAUCUCCGUCGACGACGUUGAGGAGGUCGGGGAAUUACCAGCCCAGCAUAUGGACUCAUGAGCGCAUUCAAUCUCUCACUCUUAGCCACACAGCGGAUGAGGACGACCAGGCUGAGAGAAUUAAAUUACUCAAGAAUCAAACUAGCAAACUGAUGGAAGAGAAGAAAGGUCAAUUGGAGGAGCAGCUUCAGCUCAUCGACCACCUGCAACAGCUCGGAGUGGCUUAUCACUUCAAGGAUGAGAUCAAGGACACUUUGCGAGGGUUUCACGCUUCUUUCGGGGACAUAGGCUCCCAGCUCAAGGACAAUCUGCACGCCUCAGCGCUGCUCUUUAGGCUUCUCAGAGAAAACGGCUUCUCUGUUUCCGAAGAUAUAUUCAAGAAAUUUAAAGACGAGAAAGGCCAGUUCGAAGACCGGCUCCGCAGCCAGGCCCAUGGAUUACUGAGUUUGUACGAGGCUUCUUACCUUGAAAAAGACGGCGAGGAGUUAUUGCAUGAGGCCAGGGAGUUCACAACCAAGCACCUCAAGAACCUCUUGGAGGAAGAAAGAUCUUUGAAACCUGGUCUGAUCAGGGAGCAAGUGGCCCACGCGUUGGAGCUCCCGCUGAACUGGAGAUUCCAGCGAUUGCACACGAAGUGGUUCAUUGGGGCAUGGCAAAGGGAUCCCGCCAUGGAUCCUGCUCUGCUUUUGCUGGCCAAGUUGGACUUCAACGCACUGCAGAACAUCUACAAGCGAGAACUUAGAGAAGUCUCAAGAUGGUGGACGGAUCUCGGGCUUCCCCAGAAGCUGCCAUUUUUCAGAGACAGACUGACCGAGAACUACUUAUGGACCGUCGGCUGGGCAAUGGAGCCAGAUUGCUGGGCUUUCAGGGAGUUGCAAACAAAGACCAAUUGCUUCAUAACAAUGAUCGAUGACGUUUACGACGUGUAUGGAACGCUCGAUGAGCUAGAACUAUUCACCGAUAUAAUGGAGAGGUAA